AUGGGUGGAGGGGAGCGUAGGGACCCCCCCCGCCUCAGCCCGGGGCCCGCCGCAGCCUCCCCGCGGCUCCCUCCCGCCCGGCGGGAAUCCACCCUCCCAUUCGGUAAAGAAAAAGACAAAGAGAAGAAGUUAGACGAUGACAGCACCAGUGCCACAGUCCCUCAGUCAGCUUUCUUGGGCCCAACAUUAUGGGACAAGACACUGCCGUAUGAUGGAGACACUUUCCAGUUGGAAUACAUGGACCUGGAAGAAUUCCUCUCAGAAAAUGGCAUUCCACCCAGCCCAAACCAGCACGAGCAUAGCCCACACCAGUCAGGUCUCCAGCAAGCUACCUCAGCAUCACCUUCUGUCAUGGACCUCAGCAGCAGGGCUUCUACUUCAGUCAAUCCCGGCAUGGUGUCGCAGAACUGCAUGCAGAGCCCAGUCAGACCAG